GUUGAUUGUAUGUGUGAGUGAUCCAGCAUUCUGUAGAAGACAAAUCCUCGCAAAGUGCUCAGAGUUGACUUUUCUCUUCCUUCUUUGACUCUGGGAUGUCUCUAAAAUGAUUGGCUUUAAUAAUCUGUCAGACCUGCCCCUAGUUUAGAAUCAGGACGGAAAAGGUCUGCUUGUCCUGAGCUGUCCCUACAGGAACCACGCCAUUGCUGCUGUUGGCUGCUUUGUAGUCGCUUGCUUAUUUGCCUGCUACUACUCCCAGUUCUCUUUGCCACCAUGCCAAACACCAAACAGAGUUCGCUCUCGACCAAACACGCAAUAAGAGGGAAACUACAGCGGGCUCAGGAGUCUGCUGAAGCCACAGUUUUUCCUGUAGAGUUCUGGCAGCUUUCUGUGAAUGAAGAAGAGGUUUCCGCUGAGCAGCAGGAGAGGGGCUCUAGUCUGAACCAGGAGAUCAUUGAGCCUCCACAGACUAAAGAGGAACCAGAGGAACUGUGGCGGGGUAGUAAGGAGGAAGGUAUCAGCAUGUCCACUUUGGUUCAUGUCCCUGUGAAGAUUGAAAAAGAUGAAGACGAACCCCAGUCCUCACAGAUUCAUCAAAGUAAAACUGAACAUGCUGAAAGAGGAGCUGAUGGAGACAACUGUGGAGGACCAAGAGCAGCCAGGCACUCUGAUCCGGAGAGUGAUUUAAAACCAAAGACUGAGGUCACAGGUGAGGAUUCCUCUGAGGCUGAGACUGAUGACAGUGCUGAUUGGAUGGAAACAACAGACCACCGGCCAGGUUUAGCUUUGGUGGACAACAUCAAAAAUAAGAGAAGAAAGACUGGUGAAAAGUCAUAUCACUGCUUUCAGUGUGAUAAAAGAUUUACUUAUCAAGGAAGUUUGACCAGACAUAUGACAAUGCACUCAGGAGAGAAACUCUUCCGCUGCCAUACGUGUGGCAAAAAAUUUCACUUUAAACAUACUUUGACUAGACACAAGAUUAUUCAUACAGGAGAGAAACCCUUUGUCUGCUCUGAGUGUGAUAAAAGAUUUAACCUCAAACAAAGUCUUACUAUUCAUAUGAGAACUCACUCAGGAGAGAAACCCUUUGUCUGCUCUGAAUGUGGUAAAAGAUUUACCUGUAAAAUAAGUUUGACCAGACAUAUGACAAUGGACUUAGGAGAGAAACCCUUUGGUUGUUCUGAUUGUGGUCAAAGAUUUAACCGUAAACAUCAUCUAAAAGAUCAUAUGAGAAUUCACUCAGGAGAGAAACCCUACAGCUGCUCAGAGUGUGGUCAAAGAUUUACCCGUCAAGGAUGUUUGACAAGACAUAUGACACUGCACUUAGGAGAGAAACCCUUUGGUUGUUCUGAUUGUGGUCAAAGAUUUAACCGUAAACAUCAUCUAAAUGAACAUAUGAGAAUUCACUCAGGAGAGAAACCCUACAGCUGCUCAGAGUGUGGUCAAAGAUUUACCUGUCGAAGAAGUUUAACCAGACAUGUGACAAUGCACUUAGGAGAUAAUCCCUACAGCUGCUCAGAGUGUGGUAAAAGAUUUAACCGCAAGGAAAAUCUGAGCAAACACAAGUUAGUUCAUGCCAGACAGAAACUCUUCAGCUCCACUGAGUGCAGCAAAGGAUUAAACCUUGGAGAUCAAGUGACGAACCAUCAGAGAACUCACACUGAAGGGAAACCCAUCAGCUGAGUGUGGAGCAUUUUGUAAAAACAAAUUUGCCACACAUCAGCAAACUCAUCUCCCCAUUUCCUUUCAGCCUUUUUUUACGUAAUAAGGGCGUCAUCUUUUACUCACCCAGGGACUAUUGGGUUUAUUUUAAAGACAUUAUUCCGACCCUAAUGGUUCCUUUUUAAACAUAUUUGUCUGUUCAUUCAUAAUGGUCAUAGCACAAUAAAAAGACAUUUUAGCCUUUAGGCAGAUUCUGGAUCUGUUGUUGACAAGAAUCCAUUCAUCAUGGAAAGACUAUUUUCACUCUCACUCACACCACAGGAUAGAAAACCUGUGUGAUGAGAGAUCUUGUAAAACAGAGCCUCAAUCAAUCAAUCAGUCUCUGUCUUUUAUUUGUACAGCACUUUUCAUACAAAACAAUGCAGUACAAAGUACUUUACAUACAAACAAAAAAAGGAAUAAAGUUAGUAAAAAGCACAGACAUGGCUCUGAAAAGUUUUGAUUAAAUACUGUACAGUUUUAGAAGCUGACACGGCCAAAUGUGCCAAACUUGACGCUUUUUUAAAGAUUAGAUCAAGCUUUUAGCUCGAUGAAAAGGUGCCAGUUGGCGAUGACUCAAGAAAGCUAUCAGUACCAGAUGUGCAACCUACAGUCCCCUCUGAAAGUAUUGGAACGGUUGGCCCAGUUCCUUUAUUAUCCCCUCCAGGGAGGUUAUGUGAUCAGCAGGGUUUGUUA